AGAUUCAACCACGUUGGGUGCAGUGAGGUUAAAUACACCGAUAUGUGAAAUUUUUUAUGCAGAUUGUUCCACUAUCUCCCGAGCUGGAAAAGAUCCUUUUCCGUUCUUGGCGAAAGACGGGCCCACACACCUUGUGUAUAAUCAACGAGCUACGCGACUGAAUCGAACCAACGCGCAAGGAUGCAACGAACGUUCGGGUUGUCAGCUGCGAGCCGAGCUGGGGUUUACGAUGGUAAAAUAGCCGGCCUGUACGAUCUGGAGGAAACACUCGGUUCGGGGCAUUUUGCGGUGGUAAAACUAGCUCGUCAUGUAUUCACGGGCGAAAAAGUGGCAGUCAAAGUGAUAGAGAAGACCAAACUGGAUGACAUCUCGAGGGCCCACCUGUUCCAGGAAGUUAGAUGCAUGAAAUUAGUACAGCAUCCGCAUGUAGUGCGACUGUACGAGGUGAUCGAUACACAAACUAAGCUGUACCUGAUAUUGGAACUGGGCGAUGGAGGUGAUUUGUACGAUUACAUCAUGCGUCACGACAAAGGCCUCUCGGAGAACGUGGCGCGUGAGUAUUUUCGUCAAAUCGUAAGAGCCAUCUCCUACUGCCACCGGUUGCAUGUGGUACACAGGGACUUGAAACCGGAGAAUGUUGUAUUCUUCGAGAAACUAGGUGUGGUAAAAUUGACUGAUUUUGGAUUUAGUAAUAAGUUUUGUCCCGGCCAAAAGUUGGAAACAUCCUGCGGUAGUUUGGCGUAUUCGGCGCCGGAAAUUUUACUGGGCGAUUCAUACGAUGCCCCUGCUGUCGACGUCUGGUCAUUAGGAGUAAUCCUAUUUAUGCUCGUUUGCGGUCACCCACCGUUCCAGGAGGCAAAUGACUCCGAAACAUUGACGAUGAUUAUGGAUUGUAAAUAUACGAUGCCGGAGCACGUGUCGGACGGCUGUCGGAGGCUUAUCGGAACGAUGCUGGUGCGUGAGCCUGAAAAGCGUGCCAACCUGCAGCAGAUCGCACAGGAUACAUGGUUGUUGGAGGGAAGCACGGAUGAAACCCCCGAAUACCUGCCACUGGUCAGUCGGGAACAAGUGAGCGAAGAGGAUCAUUCGUUGAUCAUCCAGAAGAUGAUCAAUGGUAAAAUCGCUACCAAAGACGAAAUUUUAGAGGCUCUAGAUCGUAACGAGUAUAAUCACAUAACGGCAACCUAUUUUCUGCUGGCCGAGCGAAAAUUGCGCGCCCAUCGCCAGGAGGAAGCACAAAAGCGGAAACCGGAGCUCACACUGCCGGUGUCUAAUUCGAAUAGAUUUCAAGGCUUCAAAAAAGACUUCCAGGAUGGCUCGAAGGAAGACAACUUGCUACCACCCAAAAUGGGCAUGCAUCUGAGUGUACCCCGGACGCCCUGUACGGAAUCGGGCCAGACCGGUCGGAACCGAAAGUGCAGUAUUGUGCAGGAGGAGGAAGAUGACGAAGAUGACGUUCCUGGUGCUGGUCACGAGGAACUAUCCACGCCAUUGAAUCGGCGCGGUUCCCGAUCGGAGGGUCGUAUUAACGUUACCGUUCAGGAUCGAAUAGCGGAAUCUGAUCGGCUGAAGUCAGAAACGAAAAAACAGGCGGAAACGAAAGAGAAAGAGCAACAGCUCAAGCUGCAGCAGCUGCAGCACCAAGAAGCGAAGGAGAAUUCCACAUCAUCGUCAAUGUUGGGUGCAUUCGGCGGGAUUGGGAAUGUGACCCUGAUUACCAGUGAGAACAGCAGUACCAAAGAUCGACUCGGGAUCGCUGGUGGCGGGCUGCAUCGAAAGGUGCCCGAGAUAAAACGUGGAGGGAUGGAUUUCACCAAAAGAUCAUCAAUCCUCAAGCCGAAUCUGAUGAAGAUUGGAGAUAACAAUUUGCGGGCGUCAUCGUUCGACAAAUGCAUCGCCAGUAUAAAAGAUGUCGAACUGGUGAAUACGAAAAUCAUCACCGAUAGCUCAACGAUAACUAUUCCACUACCGAGUUUGAACAUUGUAACCACUUCCAAUAUACCCAAGUAUAAAACGAUGCCCUCUCCAACGAGAGCAAACACAAUUCUGAGCGCCACCACCAACUGUUUGAAUGAAAUUUUCGAGGAAGGUACCGACGUCGGGAGCUCGGACAGUACCAGUACGACGCCCCGACCGGUUGUUAGAAGUCAGUUCCAUGCCCGCAACCAAAACCAACCAGCAAAUAGUGGACACAACGUUCAUCGGAGGACAAAAUUUAAUAAAUCUCGUACAGCUUCCUGUAGCAGUUCCGAUGCGUCGGAUGAUGAUUCAGAAAAUAGAAAGAAACGUGCCCACAAGAUCGUUGACUCUAACGUUAAACCCCAAACCCAGCGCCGGGAUUCACAUGAUGAUUCUAGUGACUCGCAGGACCCGGGAAACUCGGCGGCACCGUCGGGAACCCAAGCCGGUGCUUGUGUGCGGACUUUGUUGACCGGUUCAACUAGCAGCACUUCGAGUAACGGAAACAGUAAUCAACCCUCGACAGAAAAACGAAACUCGGGCGGUGGAAAUCGACAGAAAUCCUCCCAGCAAGUUGACUUUCGUCGACACCGAGGUCGAAGAAGACCCGUGGAGACACGGCUUCGCGAAAGUCAGUCGCUGAAUCGAAUUACCGAAGUGCAGGAAUCCGAAGUCUCUCACUCAGCCGCUGUCGCUGCAGCAGCAGCAGCAGCUACAUCCGGUGCCAUGCCAUCGUCUACCGUGCCAAAUGAUCCUCCCACUGCGGAGAAAACCAGCCAAAUUAGCGCCAUCAGCCGGGAAAAGGAAGCUCCCGCGGACGAACCUAGCAAUAGUACUUCCAAUCAUGUAAAAUAUGUCACCGAAUGUGGGAACCGCCAGCUAGUUCCAAACGUUGCAGGUGUCGGCAGCAGUAGCAGUAGUAGUGCCAGUGGCACGAUUCCAUCCAAACCGAAAGGGUUCAGUGCACGGAUAUUCCACACCUUCAAGAAGCAGCAGCCCUCGUCGAACAGUUCGACACCGAGUGUAGAUGCACCAGCGGAGAUGAAAAAUGGGAUCACUGCACCAUCGGAGGACGAUAUCGAGAUUGUGGUCGAAUUAGCAAAGGCGUUGAACGCUUCCGAAAGCAACAGUAAGAGCACGAAGAAAAUUAAGAUUCUCGGAAGGUAUUUUCAGGUUCACAAAAAGAUCUACGUUCCUUUGUCGGGUCUCUUCCAGCGAGGUCGCUUGUAUAAGGCCCAAUCGUGUGGAUCGAUUGUUCGUGAUAAGGUCAACGUUAACCCGGGAGGAGGUAGUGGUUCGCGUGGGGCAGCUGGCUCCCAUGCGCGUCACUCGACCAUCUUCAACGAGAAAAAUCGCUUUAUCAAAAAUUGCCUCAAUGGAUCCCGAUUGCUGGGCAGCGAUGGCGACAUCAAUCAUAAUGGUAAUAACUUUAUCACGCUGCCCUCCGGGGCUGCUACGAUGGCCAACGGGAGAUUGUCGCCAGUAGGUUUGGUGCCGGCGGCAGGUCCCGGUGGUGCAACCAGCCCAUGUGGACUGACAACGGCCACUACGGGAACAACAGCCGCUAUGCCAAUUAAGACCGCGUAGUACUAGGGGAUAUGUGUUUGACAUAUAGAACAAACACAAAAAAAAAAUUAAA